UCCGGGGGCAGCCUGGAUGAUUUGAUCAGCAUGUGCGGCUGCUUGGACAUCAGCAAUAUCAGAUUUUACACAGCAGAGAUUGUAUGUGGCCUCCAGUUCCUCAGUGGACGCAACAUCAUCCACCGAGAUCUAAAGCCGGAUAACAUCAUGUUGGAUGCAGACGGCCACAUCCGUAUCAUCGACCUCGGGCUGGCCCAAGAUGGUGUCACCACCUCCGAUAAGAUCUAUGGAGUGGCGGGAACCAUCCAUUACAUGGCCCCUGAGAUGCUUCUCAAAACAGGAUAUGGCGCAGCAGUUGACUGGUGGAGCCUGGGCAUUGUGGUGUGCAGAAUGGCAGGAUGCCCCCCAUUUUACAACGGCCCUGUCAGAAAAAUGGCCCAGGACGCCAUCAUCAGUGAAAAGCCACAUAUUCCAUCUUGGUUUGAUGCUGACUUGAAAGAUCUUGUCAAAAAACUGCUGUGCCAGAAUCCUGAGAAGCGUUUGGGUGUGUGCGGGAACAUCAGAGAGCAUCCAUUCUUUUCCACCAUCGGCUGGGAGGAACUGGAGGAAAGGAGAGCACAGCCACCAUUUACACCAUGUGAGUCAGUUCUGGAGAAGCAACAUCUGCAGUGGCCGGAGGAUAAGAGAGCCCUUCACCCCGUGGCCGAAUUUAACUAUAUGUCACCAAGCUGGGCCCGGUUGAUGAGAACAUCUGGACUGUGAAGGAAUCCACGACCAUCUGGAUAUACCCGUGCCUACUGCCCAGAACUUCAUGCCUCCUGACCUCAUAUCUCUGCUAUGUAUGCAAGGCUGCCUUAAAAAAAAUCCUCUCUCUCCUUACCAUCUUCAUUCUGCACCUUUGCCAUCGUGUUGCUGCCCCAAGCACUUGACUUGACGUCCUCCACUCCUGGGCUGGCAUCUGACAUAAGUCCAGCCUGAAGAUCCUCUACGCCUCCGGGAGUGGCCUGUGCU